AUGUCUCAUUGCCUUUUCUCUUCCCUGUCUCUGUCUUCCUAUCCCAUGAAUGUACCCUCCCCGUCACUAGUGCCAAAGCCCUCUCCAUCGCCAACGCCAACACCCUCCCCAUCGCCAGUGUUAACACCCUCCCCAUCGCCAGUGUUAACACCCUCCCCAUCGCCAAUACCAGCACCAUCCCCAUCGCCAGUGCCCACACCCUCACCACCUCCUCCCACGUCAACUCCUAUUGAGCCCACCGCCUCUCCCUCCCUGUCUGGAGGCGGUUUAUCCAGUGGAGCCAUUGCUGGCAUUGCUGCUGGAGGCAGUGUGGCUGUUGUGCUGCUGCUGCUUACCUGGCUGCUGUGCAAACAAUGCCGCGCCAAAGGGUCAACAGGGGGAGGCGGAACCAGCACCGAUGUGGAUGCUAAGGAUUUGGCAGAAGAUCGUGUGCUCCAAGGUGAAGGAGAUGGCGAGCAAGCACCACCCCAACCUGGUGCGCCUGCUGGGAUUCUGCUCAUCCGCAUGGCUGUGGUCCCUUUGACCCAACAGAUCACCCCGUUUGUGGAGUCAGAUGCUGUGGCAGUGUUCAAGGACCCAUACUUGGACGCACCAGAUGACUUGGUGCUGCGCUGGGCUCGCCUUGCCCUCUCCUGCACCGCCAUGCCCGCAACCUCCCGCCCCUCCAUGAAUCAAGUGCUGGGGGAGCUGCUGAAGCUGAAGCAGGAGAUCUUUAAGCCACGUGUGAGCAAGGGCGUACCUUCUGUUGACAACGAGAUUCAGAGUUCAAUUGGCUCCUCUGGAUUCACUGCUGAAAUGGCCCGUGCAGAGCGCGAGGGCAUGCAGAGUGACUCUGCAAACAGCAUGCUAUAG